UCCCGCCGCCAGCCAGUCGCUCAGCCUCAGAAGCGCAGGCAGAGGGCGCCUGAGCCAUGUCCGCCCCCUGCGGCCGCUGCUGCCGCUCAGCUCCACGCGUUGGGGAGGCUCCUGCACCCCGGACCCCGCAGCCGCUGACAGGCGUCCUGCGAGCCAAGGCAGGAGACUGAGUAGAGCGGCUCUCUCCCCCCGCCCCGGCUUCGCCUAGUCCAUGGGGCUGCGCUGCGUGUGUGCAGGCAGGGGGCUGGUGUGAGCAGCUGUGCUCUCCCUCGCCGCUCUGCCCUGCCUCACCUCCCUGCUCCAGAGCGAGCCCGGCUCGGAUGUCCGGUUUCCUGGUGGCUUUUCACCUGGCAAACUCCAGCUAACUUCGGUGAGCAAUUGCAAAGCGUCCGGGCACGUUGCGAGCUCCCUUGCAGGCAGCUGGUGCUGCUGCAUCUUCUCCAUCCCAGGGAUUCUGCCGCCUUGGAUAUUGGGGGGAGGCAACCAACAAAGCCAAGGAGCCUCACGAUUCCCCGUACACUCCUCAAGCUCCCCCCGCCCCGCCACGCACCCACCCUGCCAUCCUUGCACAAUGCACUUGCUGGGAUUAUUCUCUCUGAUUUUCUAUCUGGCUGCUGCUGCUCUGCUGCUGGGACCCAGGGAGCCAGCCACCGCCGCUGCCUAUGAAUCCGGGCAGGGCUACUACGAGGAGAAGCUCGAUUUGGGGGAAGCAAAGGCUCAUGCAAGCAAAGAGCUGGAAGAGCAGUUGCGGUCUGUGUCCAGUGUGGAUGAACUCAUGACAGUACUUUACCCAGAGUACUGGAAAAUGUUCAAAUGUCAGUUGAGGAAAGGGGGCUGGCAACACAACAGGGAACACUCCAGCUUCGACACAAGAUCAGAUGAUUCAGUAAAAUUUGCAGCAGCACAUUAUAAUGCAGAGAUCUUGAAAAGUAUUGAUAAUGAAUGGAGGAAAACUCAGUGCAUGCCACGUGAGGUGUGUGUAGAUGUGGGGAAAGAGUUUGGAGCAACAACAAACACCUUCUUUAAACCCCCAUGUGUAUCCAUCUACAGAUGUGGAGGUUGCUGUAAUAGUGAGGGGCUGCAAUGUAUGAAUAUCAGCACAAGUUACAUCAGCAAAACGUUAUUUGAGAUUACUGUGCCGCUGUCUCAUGGCCCUAAACCUGUAACAGUCAGUUUUGCUAAUCAUACAUCCUGCCGAUGCAUGUCUAAACUGGAUGUUUACAGACAAGUUCAUUCAAUCAUUAGACGUUCCUUGCCAGCGACGCAACCACAGUGUCACAUGGCAAACAAAACUUGUCCAAAGAAUCUUAUCUGGAAUAAUCAGAUUUGCAGAUGUCUGGCGCAGCAUGACUUCAGUUUUUCUUCUCAUCAUGGAGAUACUGACACUGCUGACGAAUUCCAUGAUAUCUGUGGACCUAACAAAGAGCUUGAUGAAGAAACCUGUCAAUGUGUCUGCAAAGGGGGUGUACGGCCUUCAAGCUGUGGACCCCAAAAAGAAUUAGAUAGAACAUCAUGCCAGUGUACAUGUAAAAACAAACUUUUGCCUAGUUCCUGUGGUCCCAACAAAGAAUUUGAUGAAGACAAGUGCCAGUGUGUAUGUAGAAGAACCUGCCCCAAACAUCAGCCACUAAAUUCUGCAAAAUGUAUCUGUGAAUGUAUAGAAUCUCCAAAUAAAUGCUUCUUAAAAGGAAAAAGGUUUCAUCACCAGACAUGCAGCUGCUACAGACCACCGUGUACAGUUAGAACGAAACGCUGUGAGCCUGGAUUUUAUUAUAGUGAAGAAGUGUGUCGUUGCGUACCCACAUAUUGGAAAAGACCGCUUAUUAAUUAGUGAAGAAAGCACUACUUUUCAUUUUGGUGUACAUUUUUCCAUUAAAAAAACAACUGCGUUAACAUUGGAAUUAACUGUGCACCAGAGACCCUGUGGGAUUCACAGAGACAAACACAUUGUGCUUUUUCCCCAAGAAAUGUGGAAAGCACAUGUAGACAAUAAUGGGGCUCAUGUUGUGUAAAGAACUCACUAAGGACUUGUUUUCUGCCAAUGACAAAACAGUCUUGGUUUUCCUCUUUGUGAUUUUUUUUUAAAAGAGAUAAUGACUAUAUAAUUUAUUUCCACUAAAAACAUUGUGCAGCAUUCCUGUUUAUAGCAGUAACAAUUGUUAAAGCUCACUGUGAUCAAUAUUUUUAUAUUAUGCCAAAUAUGUUUAAAUAAAAUGAAAAUUGUAUUAUA